CUUUCCAGCAUGACCGUCGGGUUACAGCCAAGUUGUAGCGAAAUACCGUCAGUGUUGCCAGCUCCAGUACGGGAUUUUAGCAAACGGUUCAGUGUGCCAAGACAAUUGUCAGAACAUCGAGUAACGAUUAGACCUUAUGAAAGCUUCAGGGAUCGAAAAGACUCAGAAAAGCCACAAAUCACGUUCGGGUUUGCUGCAUUGAGUACAGAUGGAGAGAGAAAGGAGAGUGGCGAAAACGGAAAUAUAGCAGGCCGCGUUUCGCCUGCUCCUUCCAUUUUUUCCAUUUAUGGCGAUGAUCCCGGACCGUCAACGAUAUGCGAGCAACCAGUCGGCGCACAAGCCGACGUGUACAUUUCGUCCCUUGGCGAGAAAAAUCGCCAUCUUCUGAAGAAAUUUCUCGAAAAUUCUCCACGCCAAGAAAAUCAAUACUUUAUAUGGAUCAAAGAUCACAAAACUAACAAGUUCACCAUCAUCUCUAUCAAAACCCUUGAAAACCAUCUCAAUUCCACACAUCGGAUACGCCGCGUAAAAUGGAGGCAUCGCUCUAUGGACCAUGUUUCUAUCUAUCGAUACAGUAUCCCGUCCAUCACCUAUAAGAAGUCCAAAAUGGCAUGCUCGUUAAACCCAGAAGACCGAAAUCAUCCCUAUUUACACUAUAAUACUAGCACUACACAACUCACUUUACAAACAUUACGUAAUAUCACUAUUGGGGCCAAUGUCGACAUCGCAAAUCGUCUAUUUCAAAAAAUUCUCUUCGAAGUUGACGUGGCCAAGUUCGAGAAGAAUUAUUCUGCAUACCUCACAUGGCUCACCGGCAUUGGAGCGAUACAAAUGGUUACGACCAAGAAGGGAGUAGGCAUCCUGCUGUCGGUGGGAUGCCCACUUCACAACAUCGAAUCAUCUGAAAGCAUAUAA